AUGAUUCAGGAAUUCAAAGAUCUCCUGGAGCACUUAGACCCCACACAAGAAAAAAUUCACACUGCUUCUCGUUGGUGUCAAGAGUUUCUUACCUCAAACCCUUCUAAAACUCAAAGCAUAGUCGACGCAUGAUCAAAAUCCUUAGAAACAAGCUCUCAAAAAAUUGCCUUUUUAUUUCUCGCAAAUGAUAUAAUCCAGCAAUCCCACAACGAAACCUUAAAAUCUAUGUUCAACUUCGCAUUACCACGAGCCUUCACCAUUUCCGCUACAAAUCCUACACAGAUCCAAGACAUACGAAAAGUCCUAAAAGUCUGAGACGACCGUCAAGUCUUCCCAAAGCCCACUAUCGAAGAAUGAGAAAAAAUUUGCCAAAGAGCAGAAAGCCAGCUCCCUAUAUCAGACCGAUCAAAUUUAAUUUACAUUAUAAAUUUAGCUAAAAAACUAAAUAAUUUGAAAGAUUUAGAAGAAAAAAUGAGAAAUAUGAAUGGGGAAGCUGUAAAAAUGUCAGACGAAGAAUGCAAGCUGAGGGAAGACGUGAUUAAAGAAAUCGUAGGAGUCAUGAAAAAAAUCCAUCAUGGGAAUCUCAAUGUGUCGAUAUUAAUUGGGAGAAUUAAUGAAAAGUUAAAAAAAUUAGAUAAUUAA